UUUCUCUCUUUUAUUCUUAUAAUAUAUAACGAUAUAUAUAAAUUCACAUUUCUAUAUUUUUAUAUAUUUAAUAAAGUUAUAUGGAUUUUACUUGGGUAAACGACGGGCAAAAUCCUCGUAAUAAAACCCCUACUAAUUUAAUAUCUUCAUCACCUGUCAGAACAUCAAAUGAUAUGAAUAAACAAAAUAAUAGCAAUAAAGUGUCUUCGCGUUUAUCAUUUACACAAAAUUUAACGUCUUCUUCUUCUACUAAUACCACGACUUCUUUAAGAAGAUCGCGUGCUGAUACUAUGCCUUCUCAAUCUUCGGCUUUUCCUUAUGCAACAGACAUGUUCUCAAAUGUCAUGACUCUCAAUGAUGAUAACAAUGACAAUAACAAUAACAAUAAUAGUAACAAUAAUAAUAAUAAUAAUAAUAAUAAUAAUAAUAAUACCAGUUCUUUACCUCUUUCUUCUCGUCAUCGUUCUGGAUCCCUUUCACUUCCACAUCAUGAGUUGGGUGAAACUAUUAGAUAUUCUAAUACACCUUUUGAUUAUAUUCCUUAUGAUCCUUCAAGUCCAAUUGACGAAAAUGCUUCGAGUACAAUUGCUUCGACAUUAGCUUCUCUCGGCCUUGAUGACGAAAACCAUACCCAUUCUUCAAAUAAAAAUACAAAUUUUGUUGAUACUCAGCAUCAUACUCGUGCUCGUUCUUAUACCGUCACAGAUCAAUUAGAAAAUGAAUUGUCGUCCUCAAGACUUCCCCAAUUUAGUCCUUUUUCACCUCAUACAAGGUCUAAUUUAUUGCAUCGUCCUAGAGCAAUCAGUUUAGGUAUGGCUGAUUCCUUUUCACCUUUUGACAUGUCUCAAAACAAUUCAUCUGUUAUGAUACCUAAUCCAUCUUCCAACGUAUUUCCUCAAUCGCGCCUAAGACAACAAAUUCAACCUGAUUCACCACUUAGACCCUCGUAUAGUACUAACAAUUUAAUGGAAAUGAACGUAGAGCACAUGUAUAACUUGGUUGACGAUCAGGAUUUAUAUGGUCCACCUGAUGAUGCUGAUUCACCUUCAUCGACACAAGCACAAAUACCUUCUCGUGCACUUUGGUUAGGCAAUGUCAAUCCAAGUGUCAAUGUACCCGAACUUAUGAAACUAUUUUCUGUUUAUGGUCAAGUUGAAAGUGCAAGAAUUUUAUCAGAUAAAGAAUGCGCAUUUGUCAACUUUACAACAGUAGAAUCCGCUGUAGCAGCGAAAACAGAUUUAGAAACAAGAUUGGGCUCAAAACUAGGUGGAACACCUGUUCGUGUUGGUUAUGGUAAAGCGGAUGUUAAUUUAGCGAUGGCUCUUUCAAGUGAGGCAGGUCCAAAUGCUCAAGGCCCAACUCGUGCUUUAUGGGUCGGUAAUAUUCCUGCUAAUAUGAAUCCAACUAUUCUACAAACGAUAUUUCAAGCAUUUGGCCCAAUUGAAUCAGUACGGGUGUUAUCCCAUAAAAAUUGUGGCUUUAUCAAUUUUGAGCAUCAAGAGGAUGCAGUGCGUGCUAGGAAGGCGUUUCAAAAUAGAGAAAUCCUCGGUCCUGGUACUGGACCUGUUCGUAUUGGAUUUGCUAAAGUAUUACUUAACAAUCCAGAUGAAACGGAAGAAGUUUCUGGAACAACAACAACAACAACAACAACAACGACACAUGGUCAGGUUACACCACCUCAACUCAUUGCUUCUCAACCUUCUUUAAAUUUAAAUAUUAAUAAUAAUACGCUUAAUUCUACAUUGAACAAUGCACGAACAGUGAUGGCGCUUCAAUCAGCAGCGGCUUCUUCCGGUGCAGAUACCUUUCAAGCUACUCAAUGGGCAACAGCUGUCAUGAUGACAAAUAUGAUGAUGAAUGCUUCAGGUCAACAACAAACAACUCAACCUAACUUGUAUACUGCUAUUGCUUCUGAAAGACAAUUAAUUAUGCAACAAUUAGGUCAAGACUCUUUUAAAGCCGUAAAAGAGGAUCGCAUACCAUUAACUUAUUUCACUGUUAUUCCUGCUGUUCCAGAAUUCAAUUCUGAUAGAAAAGUAGAGCCCCUUCGCUUACGUGAAAUGAGAAAAUAUUUAGAAAAAGAAGAACAAUUAUCAUUAGAAGAGAUAGAAUCAAUAGCUACUGAAUGUAUGGAUAACAUAGUUGAACUAUGUAGUGAUUAUAUUGGCAAUACUGUCAUUCAAAAAUUAUUUGAACAUUGUUCAGAAGAGUCCAAGUUUAAAAUGCUUCAAAAAAUCGCACCUUUCUUAGCCUCCAUUGGUGUUCAUAAAAAUGGUACCUGGGCGGCUCAAAAGAUUAUAGACUAUUCAAAUACAUCAGAACAGAUCCAAUUAAUUCAACAAUACAUUGCUCCUUAUGUGCCUUUAUUGUUGCUGGAUCAGUUUGGAAAUUAUGUUGUUCAAUGCUGUUUACGUAAAGGACCAACAUAUAAUCAAUACAUAUUUGAUGCUAUUGUAGAUAAAUGCUGGGAAAUUGGUCAAGGUCGAUUUGGUGCUCGUGCUGUUAGAUCUAUUCUCGAAAAUCCAAUCAUUACUAAAGAGCAACAAGUAUAUGUUGCAUCAGCUAUUGUCCAAAACACUGUUCUACUUACGACAAAUGCAAAUGGUGUGUUAUUACUCAAUUGGUUUUUGGAUUCCUCUGGACUUGUAGGUCGUUAUCGUGUAUUAUGUCCACGACUUUUACCCUAUUUAAACAAGCUCUCAUCUCAUAAAUUGGGAUCUAUUACUGUAUCCAAGGUUGUGAAUCAAUUUGAAGAGCCUGAUGCUUCUGCAUUAAUAUUAAGUGCACUUUCAGACAAAGCCAAGAGAGAACUGUUAAAUAACAAAAAAUAAUAGCAUCCUAUUGUUUAGUGAAAUAUAUAUUUAUAUUAUUUUCUAAUAUCUUAUAGAUACAUACAUACAUAUAUAUACAUACAUACACACACACUCACUCACACACACACACACACACACACACACACACACACACAC